CCAAUUAGGACCAGUGAGCGCCACAUGUAGGCUGUAGACGGAGCUGUCUCCAGAAGGGGCAAAGGGGGCAGAAACCGCAGUGCACGCAAUGGAGACGAACUGAAUAUCUUAACAAUCAUUUCUUCAAGUUAAUUUGUCAUUUACAUUAGUAAUUCGAGUUUUUUCGUCUUAGUGACAUGAUCAAGUGAGAUCUUUAGGAUUAUUGCGCAAAAAGACCACACUUCUCACGUGGUCUCGUUCCAUUUUUUACCUUUCAGCGUUGCAACAUGGCAAGCAUUACUACUUUGUUUUUAUUCUGUCUGACAUCCAUACUCGGAACAGGCACUGUUUCUGAGAUCUGCCGCGGGACGCACUGUUUCUCUGGACAGGACUGGAGCAGACCGUGCGUCGGAGCGCACUGCCAGCUGGGGCGCACAGAUCCAGCAGCUCAAGCUCGAAGAAAGAUCCAUCACUCUGCACAAUCCGCACAGGGACAAGUCUACCCGAGCUACCAACGGGAUGCUCAUUACAUUCAUCACCAAGCUCAGAGCGCACCGUUAGCGCCGUACAUCAUCCACCCACCACAGACAGACUUUGCGCAACAAGCGGGUGCAGAUGGAACCAGGAGGACGAACCCCAGGACCAUCACGGCGGAGGUGUUUCAUCCAGGCUGCGCUGGAGGAAGCUGCCCGACUACUGUUUCUCAUCGCCAAACGAACGAUGACAGUGCAACGCGGGAGUGCAAAGGGAUUGGAUGUAAACUGCCCCUGCGGAUGCGCCAGACACCCAGCAAGCCUUGUGUCGGGAACGGUUGCGGUUCUUACGGAGACGACGGGAGAGAGAGCUCUUCACCGGUGCACGUGACCGACAGAGCCGCUCAGUUUUUGGAUGAGCUUCCAGACUUUGGGUCGGAACGAGGCGCAUGGAUACAACUGGCAUGUGACGUGAAACCAGGAAACAAUGAGCUUCCCUCAGAAGACGCUCUGGUGCUGCAGCUGCAGCUGUCAAAGAGCCAGGACAAGCUGGUUGAGGCCCUCAGGGGCCAACAGGACGAAGUUAAGGAGCUGCAGAGGCUCCUGGGUGAGCAGCAGGGGACGCUGGUCAACCAGCAGAGAGAGAUCCUGGAUCAACAGAGGAGGAUGUUCGAACAGAUGGAGCAAGUGAAAGCCCAGUACAGCAUGAUGAUGGACAGCAUGAAACAAACAUCUUUCCAGAACCUCCAGGGAGACGUGGACAGUCACACGGAAACUCUGAGUGGGCAGGUUCGAGCACAGCAGGCCCUCUCUUUACACAAGGUGGACAUGGACGCCAGUGUGAUGGAGGUGGGUCCCUCUGUGAUGGCGUGUGGCACCUGCAGUCCUGAGGAGUACUGUGGCUUCAGCAGCGGUCGUCCUCGCUGUGAGAGGUGCACCGUCUGUCCUGCCGGCUUCUUCCUGGUCGCUCAGUGUUCAGUCCAUGCAGACAGAAUCUGCCAGGACAGAGACGAGUGUCUUGAAAUUGCUAAUCUGUGUGGAGAUCAACAGAAAUGUCUCAACACACCAGGUGGAUUCAGGUGCCAGGGCAUGACAGCGCGAGAUGCCAGCUCAGGAAUGUGUGGCCAUGACUACUUCUUCCACUCGGACAUGGACGAGUGCCAGGCCUGUACUGAGUGUGACAGUGAAUCUGUAACAUCCUCCUGUAGCUUCACCACAGACACCAUCUGCUCAGGCCCUGCUGUUGAUGACGGUGCGCUCUCUCUGUCCUGGGCUGGAGAUGUGAGUCUAACGGGGCCAAAGGGCAAGGAUCUGGCACAUGCCUUCCACGGUGUGCAGCUUCGUAUCCAAGGAAAAGGUGAUGUAGGUGUAGUGUCGCCUGAGGACGGGCGUCUGGUGCUCAGGCAGCAUGGUCUGGUCUGGCUGGAUGAGAAUCUGUCAGUGAGUCACGGCUGCCGCAGCUUUAUCCAGGUGUGUCUGCGUAUGAAUAACACUGAUGGUUCUGGUCUUGACCUCAGCGGUGUUAGAGUGGAGCAGCGGGAUGGAAGGUCACUCCAGAGCGUCAGCAUCAGUGGGGUAGCAGAGGUCGCUCCAGGUAAUGCAAUCUCCCUGUUCCUCCGGAGUGCCAGCCAACACUGUAACCAAAGCAGAGAGGGUCUGGAGCUGUACGACUCUAUAGCAACUCCGUUCAACCUCCUGUGGCUCUCCCAUGACACUGGGGCUGUUGCCAUGACAGCGCAGGCAAUGGUGUCCGCACACUACCACACAAACUAUCGCCCAGUCUUCCGCACUACCUCCACCUCGGACGCUUAUGUAGUGGGGUUGACUCAUGAUGGUCGUGGUAUCCGUUUUGCUGAAAGCGGUACAGUUCGUUUUGUCUUCCAACAGGCUUUGUACUCCAUGGGCCAGGCCUGUGUGAGCGAAGGAUUCCAGCUGCUGGCAUACAUCAGUCGCAAUGGAACGGGCUCGGAGCUGUGCCGCACCUUCAAACCAGGCGUUCACUACCGGGACACGUCCAUUUCUCUAUCUGGAGCAGCUAAAGUUGAUCCUGGAGACACACUGGCCUUUGAGAUCCUCUCGCCCGCACAGUGCAACGUCCGUUUCUUUGGUGAUGAGACAGGCAUUAGCACCCUCAGUUUGGUCUGGGUCCCCAUUGCCAUUUCUUCCUCUUUGUCUGCCUCUGUUGCUAACACUGGCCUUCCUUCGGGAGCUGUUCGGAACAAGCCACUCUUUUUCCGCCAGACCAGCCCUCAGGUGUCACAGAUGGGGCUGCUAGGGAAGGGACCCACAGAACAGAGACGGGAUUUUGUCUUCCGGGAGAGUGGUACAGCCAGUGUGGCUCUGGAUCUUAAACUAAUCCACUCCUGCAACUUGGUUAAGGUGACUCUGCUUAUGCGAAGUGAUCCAGAGGAGUCAAGACGAGGCAGGGAGGCAGUCACAGCUCGGCCCACCCCUGUGGCCCAGCAGGUAGAUGGUCAGAUGGCAGAGGGAAGCCAGUGGGCGAGUGUGAGCCUGCGAGCGUCCUUCCAGGUUCAUAAUGGCACAGUAGUGUUCUUCACACUGGACUGUGUUCGUGGACGAGUCAACCAAAUCAGUCAUCAGACAGGAAGUGAGAUAUCAGUCCUUUGGGUGGCAGCGUGAUGAAAGAAAGACAUAAUGUUGAUAUGUUGUUUAUUUUAUUCUUUGGUUCAAUCAAGCAGAUAUUUAAGCCACUUACAUGAUGAACAUGUUUCACUGGUUUGUCUUUAAAACAAUCUCACAACAUUUUCGAAAAAUGGGUCCACAGUUAUUUGUUUGUUUUGAAUUGUUUUUACACUGCUCACAUUUCUGUGUUAAGCUACAAUUAGCAGCUGGUUGGCUUAGCUAGGCAAAAGGACUACAAACAGAAGAAAUCACAACUAAACUCUCUCUGUACAUUACAAAAUAUGCCCCCAAAACACAAGACCCUUCAAUUUGAUCCAUUUCUUAUGUGGAAAAAACAACACCUAAAAUCAGUAUGUUUUUAUUGUUGUUUUCAUCAGGUUUUGCUUGAAAGUGUGACUCUGUGUCUCAUUGAGAUCAAUAGUAAGAAAGGUUAAACAAUUGUUUUAUGUCGGGUUGGCUAUUUUCCUUAGCUAACAGUAUUUCUGCUAAGCUAAGCUAACUGUUGGCUUACUAUCAUACGUUCUCACGUCAUGUAAAUAAGUUUUUUAAGCUGGUUAAUUUUGUAGUGAAUAGACCAGAACAAAUUUUACUUUUUAAAAACAGUUUUCUUAAAAACCUCAAAUAUAUAUUUGUUUACCUUAAUUUAAAAAUGUAGCAUUAGCACAUAAACUCAUGGUAUUUAUAUAAUAGAAGUAUUAGUCAUGGGUUCUACAGAAGUUUAAAUACUCAAUAGCACAAUAUGAAACACAGUUUUGAUUUCUCUCAUGCAGAUUUCUUCUGUUCAGGAGCUCCAUAUGUCGUAUUUGUCUGUGUUUUAUUUAAGUAAUUCAGUUAGCCUGUUGACGCCAAAGGACCUUCAGAUCAUUCUCAGUGUGACUAUAGCAUUUUCUGCUGUCACCAAAAGCGGUUCGCUGGUGCUGUUUUCAGUCUUCAGUGUUCUUUAAGUGCAUGUGUUUCAUGUUAGCCGCCAUUUUCUAAUGUGAAUAUCUACUGCAUGCCUGGUUUAAUGACCACGUUCUGCGUAUUAUGAAGAGAGUCAUGUGUUUCACUGAGGCUAUCGCUAGCAUUAAACUGUCCUGGAGAGACAUGACAUUUUAACUAUUAACACAUUAGGAUAUGGUUACUGUUUACUCUGACUAAUCUGUAUCAAAGUGUAUAUUUUACAUUUUAGAGUAAAUCAAAUAAAAACGCAUUUGUUCUUA